AGAGAUCUUGACUGCUUGGUGCUUGCAGCCCAACGCGCUUUUCAAUUCAACAUACUUUCAUUCUAAACUCAAAUUAGAAAAGAAGUUAACUCAAGUUCCCUAACUGAGUAUCCCGUCGAUAUUUUUCUCGGAAAAACAGUUUUUGAAGAUGAGCAAUGCGACGAGUUUGCCAGAAUCGCCCCGAAAACUUCUGCGUUGGACGGACAGCUCGGAGCUGGAAGAUGUUUCCAAAGAGCAGUCGGGUACGGACGAUGCAUCGCAGGGAGCUGAGUCCGAGUCUAACGGUGCGGGCCCUGUUAGACGCGAGGACUGGUACGCAACUAAAAUGGUACGUCUAAAGGAAAGUGUUAUAAAUCUGCGAAAGGAGUUGCAGGGGAAAGAACGGGAUUAUAUCCGGUUGAAAAAUAAAUAUAAUGUUUCGAAACGCCGUCAAGUGCAAUUGCAAGAAGAUUUACAGAAAUACACGGAAGGAAAGCUAGACUUGGAUUCGGAACUCGAGUAUCUUCGCCUUCAGUUGCUCGAAAAAGACAAAGAAAUCGCAAAACUGAUCGAGAACUACAGUCGUGUUGAAUCGAAUGACGAUGAUGCAAAACCCGAAUCCGAGGAUCUUGAAGAAUUUGAAAUAGAAAAUGAUUUUGCUGAUGAAUCGGUUUUGAGUAAAAAAUAUUUGAAUUUGCACAAAGAAAAUCGGAAACUUUUGACAUAUAUGUUGCUGUCUCUUAGUAUUUGUUUGAGUCUGAUUUCCAUCCUCGCACGUUCGGCUUUUCUAUCUACAAUUGUGGUCGGAUUGUGGACAUUAGGUCUUUCCUGCCUCUGGCUCGAACGAAAGCAAUUAUUCAGAGUAUUUAAGCUCAGGUAUUUGACGAAGAUCCGCGAUAUUUCUAUGGAAAAUUCCCGCCUUAAGGAGAAGGAAUCGAAAUUCGAGUUCAAGGUAACCGAGCUCGGCGAGGAAUUGGCCAAUGAGAGGCGAGAGCGGGAGGUCGUCAAUUCGAAAUUGAAGUCAACCGAUGGCAAAUUAUGCGAAGAAUUGUCGAAAAAUGAAGAGUUGGUGAAGCUCGAGAAAAGUACGUUUGAAGAACUGCAAAGCGAGAGAGUUCGACGACGGCGCGCGGAAGAGCAACUGGAAGAGGUCUCGACGCAAGUCUUGUUAGCGCAGGAGAAAGACGAGCUUGCAUCGUGCGGAGAUGUCUGCCAAGAACUACGAAACAAUUUGAAAAUAGAAAGAGAAUCGAAAGAAAAACUCAGCAGAGAAAAUGAACGCCUGAUUAAAGAAAUAGUUGAAAUGAAUAUGAGCCAGGAAAAAGCACGAUUGAAACAAGAAAGUCAACAAGAAGUGGGAACGAAAAUGGUAGAUAAAGAAGAAGACAAGCUGUCAGAAGUAAGCGACCAAGUCGACGGCAAAGGAAAUGAAGUAAGCGUGAAGUAUAUCAAUGGUAAAACUGCGGGGAAUCUCGGUCAGAAGCUGAUCACAGAGAACGUGAUUGAGGAGGAGGGUUCGAAGAAAAGAGCGUCGAUUUCUGGCCAAGACAUCACAAGUUUUGACUCAAAAGAAUCCGAGUCCGAAAACGAAAAAGCAUCCAUAGAUUCCCAAACCAAUAAAGAAUCAUCUCAGACUGGAGACGUCGCUCAAAUGGCCUCGUCCGAGAGUCAAUCAACCACCAAAGAUUGUUGGCUUUGCGCCUGGAAUAUACCAAACGAAACUAGCUUGGCUUUGUUGAUCAUCAUUGUUGCGUGUUUGGCAUUAGCGCUGAAAGUCGUGUUGACCAGUAAUGGUUAUAUGCUUGUUGUUUUGAUGGCCGUAGUAGUCUGCUUCACCUAUUAUCAGGUGUCUAGAAAUUUUGAACAAUAAAGUUGUUUAAAUAUUUCUACACGUAGGAAACUUAUUCUUUAUCUGCCAGGGUGACCAUAGAAGCACUAUCUGUUACCAAUGUAUCAUCGAUAAAUAAAUUCAAUUCA